UCCUACUGUGCUUACCUUUGAUGCUGAGGGUCGGGCGGUCGAUUUCGAUGUCUGGGUCGAUGAUCUACAGCUUUUCCUGCAGUGCGAUAGCAAGGACGGUAUCUCCCUGUUUGAUCUUACGUCUGGUGCCUCUACUGCCCCUGCUGCUGAUGCUGACAGUACUGUUCGUUCACAGUGGACCACACGCGAUGCUGCUGCCCGUCUUGCUGUGUCUGACAGUAGUCACCUGCCGUCCACUGAGAGCGCGCACUUUAGUCAGUACAAGACUGCUAAGACCUUGUACGACGCUGUAGUUGCACGCUACUCCUCCCCUGCCACUGCUUCCCUUAGUCGCCUCAUGCUGCCGUACCUGUUCCCUGACCUCGCCGCCUUUGCCACAGUCGUUGACCUCAUUACGCACCUUCGCACUAGUGACACCCGCUACCGCGCUGCGCUCCUGCUGAUUUCUGCGCCAAGAACCCCCCCCCCUAUGUACAUCACCCUCUACUACCUAGUCACCCGGCUCCCUGACUCCCUUCGUCCGGUCAGGGACCACUUCCUCUCUGUUUUCCCCACCACACUCACCGUUGACCUCCUCGAGGAGCGCCUCCUUGCAGCUGAGAAGAGUAUAGUCGCUGUAGGAGCCUCUCGUGGUGACCCUUGUGGCCCUUUCUUUGAGGGGUGCUCCCCUGUCCCCCUUUUGCCCUCUGUUGCCUCUGCUGCUGCCGUCGACCUCGUUGGCACCGAGUCGGUCGGUGCUGCGUCUGCCCCUAGCGGGCGGCGCCGCAACGGCAAGGGCAGGGGGGGCAAGGGUGCAGGGGGAGGGGGCGGGGGCGGUGGUGGUGGCGGUGGGGGCGGCGGAGGGGGUGGGGGUGGCGGUGGGGGUGGUGGCGGGGGUGGGGGCUCUGGUGGCAGCGGUGGAGGCGGAGGCGGCGGCGGCGGUGGCGGUGGGGGUGGAGGUGGCGGCGGUGGCGGCGGUGGCGGCGGCGGCGGUGGGGCUGGUCGGGGUGGCCCUGUGCAGUGGGGAGGCUUCGGUGGUGGUCAGCGCCAGCAGCAGCAGCGCACUCGUGAGACCCCUCCCGCCCAGCAGCUUCGUGAGUGGUACGCUGCGCGUCAGCGAGGUGGGGGUGCUGGUUUCUGUGCCUACGUCCUGCGUACCGGCGACCGCACUGGCGAGCCGUGCGGCGGCCCGCACACCACCCAGCGCUACUUUGGCCGCCUGACUGACGCCUGGCGUCUCCAGUUCCCUGACGCCACCGAGAUCCCUCGCUGGGGUGAUUUGCUCGAGUCGGGUGUAGCUAUCUUUGAUCUUGACUAUGAUGAUAUUCUUGCUGCCAUGUAUGUUGUGUCUACUAGUGAUGAGGGUGACUGUUAUCUGUGUGUUCCGCCUGACCCGGGCAUUGCGGCUGCUGCUCUAGGUGCUCGCGAGUCUGCUGCUCCAGGUACUAGUGAGUCUGCUGCUCCAGGUGCUGGUGAGUCUGCUCUCUCAGGUAUCACGUCUGCUCGGGUUUUGCACACCUUCACCCUUGACUCGGGUGCUUCCCGCUCCUUCUUCCGAGACCGCACCACCCUCACGCCGCUCAGUCGGCCGGUUGCGGUCUCCCUGGCAGACCCCUCUGGGGGUCCUGUCCUUGCCCACUACUCCACCGUACUACCGUGUCCAGCGGCCCCGUCUGGCUCCCUGUCAGGUCUUUACCUCCCCUCGUUCUCUACGAACUUGGUGAGUGGUGCUGACCUGCAGGAUGGGGGAGUUGACCAGUUCAUUCCUGCGAGUCAGCGGGUGACCCACUGCACGUGUGCUCGGACGGGCCGACACUUGGCCACGUUUACCCGUCAGCCGGGGUCGAGCCUGUACACACUGACUACAGCGUCUCCUCCGGUUGCUGCGUCUGGUCAGGUAGCUGCUUCCGGUCAGGUGUUUGCUGCAGCGUCCAGGUCUGGUCCUGAGUCUGCCCCCUGCUCGUGUCGCCUCCUGUCCCACCAGACCCUCCUCUGGCACCACCGCCUUGGUCACCCCUCCCUGCCUCGUCUCCGAGGCAUGGCCUCCCGUUGCCUUGUAUCUGGUCUCCCCCGGUCCCUCCCUCCUCUUCCUCCGGGGCCUGCCCCUACCUGUGUUCCCUGCGUCGAGGGGCGGCAGCGCGCCGCUCCUCACUCCUCCGAGUUUCCGCCGACAGAGGCUCCGCUGCAGACUCUUCACAUGGACGUGUGGGGCCCAGCCCGCGUCCGUGGACAGGGUCACGAGCGUUACUUCCUCUUGGUGGUUGACGACUACUCGCGUUACACCACAGUCUUCCCCUUGCGCACCAAGGGUGAGGUCACUGGGGUGUUGAUCGACUGGAUCCGCGCUGCUAGUCUCCACCUCAGGAAGAGUUUCGGCUCGGACUUUCCUGUUCUGCGUCUGCACUCCGACAGCGGUGGAGAGUUUUCCUCCGACCUUCUGCGAGCCUACUGUCUACGCGGCGCAGCAGAUCAACCUUCAGCCCCGUGUCUCCUUGCCGGAGACCUCCCCACCCUGCGGUGGACGGGGAAGGUUGGCGAUGCGUCUGCGUUCCGUGUCUGGGGAUCUCGGGCUUUUGUCCGAGACUUGUCUGCGGACAAGCUGUCCUCCCGUGCUGUUCCCUGCGUCUUCCUUGGCUUCCCCCCUGACGCGCCUGGUUGGCAGUUUUACCACCCCACCUCGCGCCGUGUCCUGUCCUCCCAGGACGUCACGUUUGACGAGUCGGUUCCGUACUACCGUCUCUUCCCCUACCGCACUGCCCCCCUCACCCCCCCGCCGCUCUUUCUCGCGCCUGGUCCCCCCCCAGUCGACCCCCUCCCCCCUCAGGGUCCUGCCCCCUCACGUGUGUCUCAAGUAGAUGCAGUCGAGCCUGUCGAGGUAGCUGUUGACUCUAGUGCUGCUAGGGGUGCUGAGCCUGCGGGUGCCGGGUCUGGGGGUGCUGAGCCUGUGCGUGCGGAGCCGGGGGGUGCUGGGUCUGGACGUGCUGAGCCUGGGGGUGCUGAGCCUGCGGGAGCUGCGUGA